GGCAAACUUAUAGUCCAAAUUUCAUAUUUAAAAGCUGAACGGUGCUUAAGCGGUGAUUGGUAAGCAUUCAUAGUUCUUGUAACUCUAGUCAACUUGAUAAGUUUGGGAAAUAAUCGGAAGAUAGUCAAAAAUCGGAGAUAACCAUUGUUAUAUUAAAGUUUACGUUUUCUGUUUAACAAUAAUCUUCAUCACAUGUCGAUUGGCGAAGAAUACGAGAAUUAUUAUAGCGUCAUAAAAGAGUUCAAUGCAAGACUUGGCGAUGAACUCACGAUACGUCCUGGUGAUACCAUAGAGCUCAUCAGCGAUGACAGUGAAUUUGGAGAUGGAUGGUAUAUGGGACGAAACUUGUCAACCAACAGAGUUGGGCUAUAUCCAAAGGCAUUCACAAAAUUGGCCAAAGGACAGAGUAAAGGAAAGCCAUCAUUACUUAGAUCAAGAUCGAGGCGGACACCACUAAACAGCCCCGUCGCCGCCACACCAUCAUCAGGAAUUUCUAAUUUUUCAUCGUUUAGCCAGCAGGAGAAAAUUGAAGAGUCUAUUUCUCCUUCUGUAACUGCAGAUCGACACAACAAUAGUGAAGGCAAUGUAACUAAAAAUACCGAGGAGGCACCAUAUAGUCAAAUCCAUGACACAAAUCUCAACAGGUACAUAUCGGUACACAGGACCCUGAGCGAUAUCGACAAAGCAUUGCAAGAACUGCAUUCCAGCGAAAAUUCUAUCACUAAUGAAAAUAACGGUAUACCACUUGAUCCGGCAGAGGUGGCAAGCUGGACCCCAGAACAGGUUACCCAAUAUUUUUCUGGUUUGAAUUUUGAUAUUGAAAGCGCGGGUCAAUUUGCCAGGCACAAAAUCAGUGGAGCAAUACUGCUUCAGCUGGAGCUGCCGUACCUGAAAGAGCUUGAAAUUACAUCGUUUGGCACUCGGUUUGAAAUUUACAAAGAGAUAGAGGAAUUGAGACUUGCCUCCAAGAACAAAACGCACAGAAGGAAAAUAGUAUCUCCUAAUACUCGGUUAGGAAACUCAGAAGUUAAGGUAGCACCUCGUACUCAUGCGAGAAAGAGGUCUCAAUCAAUGGAAGAGAUUUUUAGGACAAACAUUGGCGGAUCAAAAUCUAGCGUUAGAAAUUCUCUAGAUUUCAAACAAUCAUCAAGGGAUACUUUGGAGGUUGAAUCGAAGCUGCAAAGUUAUAUUGAGACACCAAGUGAUAACGGUAGUGAGCCGGAACAGGAAUUCAGUACACCUACAGGGCUCUUUGAAUCUCCUAGAAAAGCACCACAGCCACCUUCUCAUGCAAGUCCAUUGAUCAAGCAAAAUUCUCAACUUUUGUUCGAAAACGAUGGGGACAAUGGGAAUGAUCGGUCGAAUAGAGGGUACCAACAUAGUCGUGAAUCUUCCAUUGGAAAGACAUCUUCUGUUUACACUGAAAAGAAACAUUCUCGAAACCCUUCAUCCACAUCAUUUACCAACGCUUUGCAACAAAAGGGAGCGCUUUUUACUAAAACCCAUUCUCGAACAAAUUCGGACUUUAGCGUUGCACAAAAGGAUGCCUCGUGGCGAUACGUGGACAAGAAUCUUCAGCCUCAUGUAACACAGAAGCAGCAAUCAAAAGGGGAUAACGGUCGGCCAAUUCCGUCUGCAAAUAAAUCUUUACAGACUCUUGAAACUGGGGUGAAGCCAGAGAAGCUUGAUUUUGACAAAAAAAAUUCAAAUAGAAGAUCUAUAUCCGCGAAAGAUAUGUCCCCAAGUCCCAAAACCAUUGAUCCAAAAAGAAUAGCCUCCGCAGCAGCGGCAUCUGCGAGCAACAACUCGAAAACUUCUGGGCUUCGUUCCUUCGGAGGCUUAAGAUCUUCCAAGAUAUCGACCUCGGCGUUCCAAGAAGGUAUCAGGAACAUAUCUCCAGAUGAAGCAAUUCGAACAGCGGACUACUCAGGUUGGAUGAGCAAGAGAGGGAACUUGUCAAUAGGUUCAUGGAAACAAAGAUAUUUCACACUUCACAAAACGAGAUUGUCCUAUUUUGGUUCGUUGAAAGACAGGCGCGAAAAAGGGCUUAUCGAUAUAACCGCCCACAGAGUUUUGCCUGCAGUUGAUACCGAGGACAAACUCAGCACUGUGUACGCAGCAACUACUGGCUCUGGAAGAUAUUGUUUCAAAUUGGUUCCGCCGGCCCCAGGAUCAAAGAAAGGACUCACUUUCACACAGCAAAAGGUUCAUUACUUUGCCGUCGAAACCAAGGAUGAAAUGAGAGGAUGGAUGGCUGCUUUGAUGAAAGCAACAAUUGAACUUGACGAGUCAGUUCCUGCAAUUUCUUCGUGCGUGACCCCUACAAUCCCGCUUCAAAAAGCUCAAGAAAGAAUGCUUGAAGCAAGAGAGAAUGCACGUCUGAAUCUCGAAAAGUUGGAAAAGGGUGAUAGCAUUCAAGACACGACUACGGAUGAAGACAUGUCACUAAAAUCUAAUAACAUCUCAGCCACCCACACACCCAUCACUCAACCAUCGACUCAGUUUCAAAGAGUAUCGACAACUCCUACUUCGACAAGCUCCUCCAAUCGCAGACCUUCAGUAAAGGUUGACACUACAAUAGGUAUCCCGGAAUCUGGUGCGCUAACUGGCCUUUCAACGCCUUACUUGGUGACUUCGGGAAUCAUGUCCCCAAAUUCAUCGUCGACUUCAGAUCUCAAUUCUCCUGGUUCCGUCAACUUGAAAACUACUAAAAACACUGGUAGAAAAUUACCUACCGCGUCAACCAAUCCUGUUCCAAUGAUAACAAAGCUUGAUACACCGCAAGAUCAAAUUAGCUCUUCAAAUACUGUCUAAAAGUCAUAAUCAAACCAAGAAACAAAGCGGAGUAAUCUGAUUACUCGCAUAUGUACCAUACGUUUGUAUUUAGUUUAAUACGAUGUUUUGCCAGAUUGGAGUUCGUUGCUACUUUCACUCUUCCAAACUGAAGUUGAAUUUCAAACUAAGUGACCUUAGGUGAGAACCAAUGCAUAUUGAAACCAUUCGGUCUUGUAAGCUUAAUAGCUGAGGUAGCACUAGUUUCAUUCUACAGCAUUCAAAAUUUGUCGCCACGAGAAGAUAAGAGAAGAUGUUCAAUCUGCAGAUGGGAUAAGACAGACUGUUACUGUAAGCAAUGGGGGACUAUGUGGCCGAGACUCUUUAUCUGCUCUGUCAGAAAAAUUAUACGUAGCUACUCCCCUGGAUAUUGAAUAACGUUGCGGGAAGAUAUAAAUGAGCUCGGUACCGCCAAAACUUCAAUUCUGGUUUACUGAAUCACAUGUCAAUAAAUGUGAAUUGAUAUAAAGUCCUCUGCUUUGGCCAGUGGAAGUGAAUACUUUCAAAAGGGUGCUUGUGCUACCUCAUUAAAAAAGAUUCACACAAAGAAAAGGCAGGUUGUUUGCUGUCAAACUGUACAUCGUGCUUCAAAUCAAAUGCCUUGCCUAGUUUCUUCAGCUGCAAGUGACCCAUAAGCAACGACAAGCCAUUGCAUUCCCUAUUACUGCUUAGUCUGGUGAGAUCUUGAAUCACACAAUACAGAUUGCAUAAAAAAGUGAAAAUCCCAUUGCAGGAGAAUACAACUUUACACAAUGAUGGUAUCAGCUGGCUAGAUCCUCAUGCUUACUCGCCGGAUGUCCAAUUAGAAAUGGUACCUGCUGUUGAACGGAUCUGGAUCUGAAGUAAAAUUCUCUUUUUGAGGAAUGCAACAGAUCAUAUGGAAUACAACUGAUGAGUUUUUACUCUCGUAUUAAGGUUGCCUUUGCCCGUUUCCAUGUUCAAGACUGAGAUAUUAAGGUUUCCAAAAAUCCCAUUUGAAUAGACCAUGCAACGGGUACCAUUUCCACGAGUGAACUGUGACCACUAAGACAAAC